CGCCGUUGGUUUAGUUCAAAAGUAGCUUUCGAUGCUGCUGGUUUAGUUCGUGAAUUUAACGUAUGAUAACGGCGAAACGAUCAUCAGCUGUUAAUUCUCCAGUACAUGUAGGUAUAGGUUUGAGUGUUGCAAUGAAACGAUGUUAAGUUUAAUGUUAACGGUGAUGUUCGUGUAUGGCCAUAUGCAGUGAGAGUGCAACUGCACCGUAAUGUACGUUGUUGCGCGCGGUGCAACUAGACACGUAAGAAGUGUAUUUUACAAUCAUCUAAUACAACCUUCAAAUAGGCGUUUGUGAUUAAACGUUGUUUACGUUUGAUUCUGGGCAGCCUGCAGUGCUUUAAUUGCAUUUCGGUAGGCACGCUGAAUUCCCGUAUUGGUUGUGUUUCAUUUAGGUUUCUGGUAACAAUUCAAGUUCUUGUACCAAAUCGUACUAGGUGCUUCAGGAUAGCACGAGAAACAACAUGGAUGAACUUUUGCGGUAUUCAAGCCACCCGAUCGUGUGGAGCCAACUCACCCUCAAUGGUGGAGUAUCGCGUUUAAUUGAGUCAUAAAGUAGAACAAAUUAAACGGUUGACCAGUGUACCUAUCCAGGCUGUUGGUCAAGAGGAAAUUUAAAGGUCAAUUCCACUAAUAGAAUAAGUGACUGCUCUUAAUUAGUGUCUCCGCGAGAACAGGAAUGAAGCGUCGUUGGGAAAUAGUCCUGUAGCCGAUCAUCGUAAGGUCUAUAAAAGAAAUUGGCAACAUAUUGUACUGGAACUGUGCAGAAGUGUGAGUUCAAAAGUGAUUAAGAAAGUGAUCCGCACAUGAAAUAUUCCUUGAAUGUUUAAAAAAAGUCUAAAAAAUACAUCGAUUCAAGCAUCUCUACAUCAUCGUGUUGAAACAAAAACAUGAGGUGGGAAUCUUCAAGAUUCAGUUUGACUUCGAGCAGGUUUAUGAUGAUUGCGCUGGCUGCUCGUGUUGUGAAUUGUUUGGCAGUCAAUUUAAGAGCUGGGUGAGAGAUUAUUCAUUUCGACUAACAAUCGAUAGAAGAGCUAAUUGUGAAAAUAGAACCAAAGUUGUUCGUUCCCAACCGCAGAGUUGUAAAGUGAAAGAAGGAAACGAUUAUUUUUUCGGUGGUGGCCCGUUGUUGCUGUUGUAGUAAUUAUUACUCUCGGAAAUAAAGCAAAUGCGGUGAUUGAACUGAUGAGUGUCUGUUGAAGCUAUCUUCCGAAGCUGAAUAGUGAUAACUCAGUUGCGUUAACUUCUAAUGUUAGUCAAUUAUCGGUAACCGAGAAGAAAACCAGUGCGUUGUUUCCGCAACGAUAUCCAGUGCAACGUUUAACGCCAACGAUGAGCCUUUUCCUGUGGACUGCUACGUUAUACUGUCAGCUCAUGAUGCUGGCCGGAACCAGUACUUUCGGGAAUAAUCAUAAUACGUCGCAUACAAAAGGAGCUGUUGAGUGGACUCUUGGUAACCAGACGCGGAAGUUGAGGCCCCAUCUGGAUGACUGUUCCACUUUGGACCCAGCCUGUGUUCGGUGCAAUGAACAUGGUUGCGUCAAGUGCACCGACCUGCUUAGAAUCGACACCCGCGAGUGCGUCGGUGAUUGCCCCGCUGGAUACGUUGCGCAGUGGUCUACAGCGUCGGAGUUUAUGGGACGCGUCUGCUAUCCGGUGGGCUUUUCCGGUUCUUUCCUGGCCGCCGUAGUGGGAAUAGCUGCUGGAGCUGUACUCUGCAUUGUGCUGAUCAUAGCAGCGAUGGCCGUCAUUCGACGGAAGCAGAGACGAAAAAAAUAUCGAGAAACGUUCAUCGAUGAGAACAUCGAUCGGAUUGAGUUUUUGAAACAGCUAGACGAACUGCGGCCCCAAGCGGAGUGUUUCCUGCAAAUGCUGAAUGACACGAGACGUCAGAUACGCAAGCUUCAUCUGGCGGGCGAUAGUUCCGGGGCGGCAAACUAUCAUCCUGUGGUGCGUGAUUUGGCGAAGAUUUUAAUUCUACUAAAUAAACCUGUUGAACUGAUAAGUUCUCCACCACACGACUGGCAUCGGCUGUAUGUUUGGGCUGAGAAAGUACUGGACCGUUACAAGCCAGAACUAACUCAGUUGAUCGAGUUUCUUCAACAGCCCUCAAUUCCGUCUUCAGCCUCAGACCCUAGGCUGGGCACCAGUGAACAUUCCACGUUCAAGUCCAGGUUCGGCGACAGUCUAGCUAGCGCCAACGAAUGUGACACAUCGCCAAAUUUGAGCGUCAAGAAUCAGCGAAACUUGCUGCAACCUGAAUCAGCCAGCAGUCAGCUUCGACAGCCAAAUAAUUUUCUUGGUUCACUCAUUAGUCUUCAUGAAUUCGACGAACGAUCGCCUUCCUCGCACACCGCUGGUACCGGUAACGGUAGUAACUUCUUCGGUGAAACUUUCGAUCAUGUGCGGAGUUAUCUUUCGACAUCGGGUAUUAAUGAUAGCUCGCUGUGGCUGCAGGACGAAUUCUUCAAGCUUGGCUUUCGACCGCAGGACGAAAUUACGACGGAACUGUAGUGGCAGCGAGUACGCUCCGUUCUAGCUCUGUGAAAGACGAGCAGUGAUUUAUAGCGCGAGAAAAAAUCGAUACAAUCACCAAACUAGUCAGAAUUAAAGAUAUACGAAUAUAAAUUAUGUAUGUAUAUAUAUUGGAAUAAGAUUUUCUAGUAUUGUUUUUCGAGAAGUCACACUCGAAAAACACGUAUCAGGGAUCAGGGCAGUGGCUCGAGCGGCGUGUUCACCAUGAUACAUAAAAGAUUUGCGUCUUGACGUCCUCUUCAUUACAUCAUUUGCCUGAUGGAAAAGGUGAGAUCAGGAAGAAUAAGAAUAUAGCAUAGCAGCAGGUUUAACAUAUAUUAUAAACAGAAUACGAGUUUUCGUUGAAAGCGAUGUUUACUAUAGAAUGAAUAAGUGAAACCAGAUUAUUCUGGGAUUAUCGAGAAAUAAUAAUAUAAACAAACGUAAUCGA